UUAUAUUUUGGUAAUAAUAACAAUUACACGCUACUAAUAAUAAUAAAAGCUUUUUUGUGCUCCUCAGGCCAAAAUUUUCAUCCACUAGUACUGGCAACGUGUCUCUCAGAGUCGUCAUUUCAUCGUUCAAUCCUCACCGUCGUGCAUAAUAUCCGGCCCUCAGGUAUGGCUUCUGAAGAAGGACAGGUGAUCGCUGUUCACUCCGUCGAUCAGUGGAAGGAAGCGUUCCAGAAGGGCGUCGAAUCUAAGAAACUCGUUAUCAUUGAUUUCACAGCAUCAUGGUGUGGACCAUGCCGCAUAAUCGGCCCUGUUUUUGCUGAACUAGCCAAGAAAAUGCCUGCUGUUACAUUCUUGAAAGUUGAUGUUGAUGAACUCAAGACUGUUGCCGAAGAAUACAAUGUUGAGGCUAUGCCGACAUUUGUCUUCCUCAAAGGAGGAAUAGUUGUGGACAGGUUUUCCGGGGCAGCGAAGGACCUGUUGCAGCAGAAGGUUGCGCAGCACGCUGCUGCUUGAGGUUUCCAAAGAUAAGAUGCUAUACUUUUAUGGUUUCCAUAAAUCACAGUGGUUAUACUCACUGUGCCAGUAAACCAUAUUUCUUUAAGCCUUCUAUGAAGAUUUAUGCCUCCUUAUAUGUUCAACUUUAUCUUUGGAUGAAAUUUCUUUCUUAGCACUUUAUAUUGCCAUGUUUACUUGAAUGAUUGUUUUUACAUGAAUAGAUUUGGAAGAUAGUGCAAGAAGAACAUAAUAUGAAUCUAUUUUCUUCAA